GCCGAUAGUUGCCAUUGCACAUCUCUAUCUGCACAAGCCAAAUUUUUUAUUUUCCCUGGCAAGAUUCACGUUUUCCCCGGAAAUUUGACCCACAAAACAAUGGAAACCUCCAGCUCCAGUCCAGUAAAGCCCCGGCGAAAAGACAAGGACGAAGAUAAGUUUCGGAUUGGGGCCACAGUUGCCUUUAUUGUGGUGAUCAUUGGUAUUGGCGUGCCCAUGUGGUGGCACACCACCACUGUCUAUAGAGUCACUUUGCCUUCGUCGGACAUUCUGAGUCUCAGUGAAACUCCCAUCAAAACGGCUGUGCAGGUGUCCAUCUACACACAACAAACCAGCCGUGGACAGUUGCUCAUCGGCGAACUGCAGAGUGCCUUUAACGAUAGUGAAAUAUGGUCUGUGGAGUUCAAGCAACUCCCAACCAGCAAAACCCAAGAGGCUCACCCGGCUGCUCUAGAGAAGCUGCUGCUCGAGGAAAAUGUUCAGAGCGUCGGCGAUUUCAUGUUUAUCGAGUGGCCCAAACUGCAGGAGGAGCUAUUAACCACCGAAAGAUCAGCCCUGAUGAGAGCCGAUACUACUUCUAAUAAAAUCGCUCAGCUGCUGCAUGCCAAGAUCCUGCAGACGUACCAUAACCAAAUUUUGAGUACCGAUGAAAGGAUGGGAACCAAGUCGGAAGCUCCACAACCAGCUUAUGAUGUUAUUGUCUCCGUUCUUAAUCCAAAACCGCGUCUCACGCACGCCCAGUGGAACAUAGCAAUGGCUGUGAAGACAUAUAUUGAGCCCUGGCUGGCUCAGGUGUCGGGCGUGUCCAACUACACGGUGCGAUCGCAGUGGAAGUACAGGGUGUCAAUUGAGGCUGAUCUAAAGCAGGUGCGCGACCAGAGUAAGUUAGGUCGGCACUACGCCCUUCAGGAGUCCUCCCUGCCCCAUCUGCUCACUUCGAUUGCCCAGAACCUGAGCGCCAGCACCACCGACAAGCCGGCCAUCAACCUGGUGGUUUACAUCCCACCCUGCCACGUGGCUCCCCUGCACAUCUACAACAGCAAGGAUCAGCGGCUGACGCGGAACGGUGUGGAUGCCUUCAUUUCGCCGCCUUGGGGUGGCUUCAUUAUAGCCAAUCCGCCGAUGCAUGUCUGUCUGGCGGCCAUGAGCGAUCACCAGCCAGUGCCAUACUACGUCAGCACCACGGACAACAUGCAGGUGAUGCUGGACCAACUGCACAAGCUGCUCGACAUCAGCAGUGAGCUGCAGAUGGAUGGCGUUAAGGUGGUGGACAUCGAGCAGCUGGAGCCUCGCCGUUGGGAGUACGAAGCAUACUUAAGGCGCAGCGCCAUCCGCCACAUUGCCACAGCAAGCAACACGCUCCAGAGCCUCAUUAAGCUUUUAGAUGAAAUCAGCUACAUUGUGAUAGACGACGAUGUGGGCGCCGCCAUAACGAACUCCUAUUCAGACAUUUUGGCCGCCAAGGCUGCCCUUUUGGAGCACCGACUGGCGGACGCCUCAGUGCUGGCCAAGCGUGCCUUUGUGGCCUCGGAGCGGGGAUUCUUUGACUCCAGUCUUCUGGCGCAGCUGUUUCCCGACGAACAGAAGUACGCCAUCUACAUUCCACUCUUCCUGCCCAUUAUGGUGCCCGUGCUCAGUUCGUUCAACAUGAUGCGCAGUGUGCUGCUGGCCAGGCGGAAGGAGAAGCAGUCUUAAACGAACCAUAACCAAAUAGUAUCACUUUCAUUAAAACUAUAUAUUCUUGAUAA